AUGUAUCUCACGUCCUCAGACCGGCAGCACCUGAGGAGCGCCUGCCUUCGCGGCGAGGCCGCUGCCGCGCUCAAGCUUCUCAAAGCCCGGGCGCACAGCUGGGGGGGAUGCAUCGGUAAGGACGGCGGCAACACCGUGCUGCACUGGCUGUGCAGCGGGGAGGCGCUGGGCCUUGGCGGCUGCCUGCUGCUGGCGCUGGCCCCACACCGCAGCGGCCCCUGGCCCUCGCGGCACCAGAAGCGGCGCGCGCAGCUGCUGGCCUGCCUGCUGCUGCACCAGCCGCGCCUGGCGCUGCUGGCGGGCUGCCGCAACGCGGCGGGGCAGACGCCGCUGCACGCGGCCGUGCACAGCGACAGCCUGCAGGUGCUUGCCCUGCUGCUGGCGGCGUUGCGGCAGGUGUUGGGCCUGGGCAGCGAGCAGCAGCAGGCAGAGGAGGCGGGCGCGGCACCACAAGCACCCGCCGCAGCGCUGCAGCUGCUGCUGAGCGUGCAGGACGGCGCGGGCCUGACCCCGCUCGAGCUGGCCUUGCAGCGGCGCCAGUGGGCGGCGGCGCGGCUGCUGGCGGCGGCCGCCGGCGGCGGCCUGCCGCUGUCGCUGCCACAGAUGGAAGCCUGCAGCCUGGUGCAGCGCAGCCUGGGCGGCGGCGGCGGCGGCGGCUUCAGCCACGGCGGCGGCGGCGGCGGCAGCGCUGCGGGCCUGCCCAGCGGCAUCCACGUGUCCGCCAGCGGCUCCACAGUGACCGAGGCCCUGGGGGGCCUGCUGAGCAAGCUGUGGGAUGCCUUUGGCUCCACCUCGGCUGCAGCAGCGGAGAACCGGGGCGAGGCCGCGCAGCUGGAGCGGCACCAGCAGCAGCAGCGGCAGCAGCAGCAGCAGCAGCAGCAGGAAGGGGCAGCCGGCGACGGCGCCGCGAGCGGCAGCGAGGGGCGGGAGUCGGGCGGGCGCCGCUCGUCGCCGCCGCUGCAGCUUCCGCUGCAGCUGCGGCUGCGCCCGCUGUCGCAAGACGAGGUACUGGAGCUGGCGAGCGAGGCCGAGCAGCGGGCGCCGCCAGCCGCCGCAUCGCCCGCCGCGGCAGCAGCUGAGGGUGUGGGCGGCGCCGCGGUACGCGGCCCUGCGGCCGCGCCCGGCGCUGAGGGCAUCGACUGCACCCUGCUGCGCUGCAUCGUGUGCUUCGAGGACUUUCCUCCCGGCUGGCUCAGCGUACGGCUGCCCUGCGGGCACGCCACCUGCGAUGCCUGCUGGAAGGGAGUUCUGCUGGCCAGCAUAGACGAAGGCGACCCGCGACGCGCCGAGUGCCCCGAGCCCAGCUGCUCCACGCGCCUCCCCUCUGCCGCCGCCGCCCGGCUGCUGCCGCCGGACAGCCUGGCCAGGUUCAGGCUGCUGCUGGCUCAGCGCUACCUGGCCACCCACACGCACACCAUGCGCUGCUGCCCCAGCCCCGAGUGCGGCCAGGCGCUGCACCUGCCGACACGCCGCCUGCCGCCGUCCGCUUCCGCAGCAGACACCGGCGGCGCCCAGAUGGCGGCGCCGGCCCCGGCCUGCAAGACCCCGGCAGCGGCAGAGGGCUCCGCUGCGGCGGGGGCGGCGGCGGCCGAGGAGGAGGCUGCUGCGGCGGCAGCGGUGGUGGGGGCGGCCGGCGAGGCGGGGCUGGAUGCCGAGUGCGGCGCCUGCGGCCGCCGCUUCUGCUGGCGGUGCGGGGAGGUGGCUCACGAGCCGGCCUCGUGCGCCCAGAUGCGGCGGUGGGAGGGGGAGCUGGCAGCGCUGCGGCGGGCCGCCCCCAGCGCCGACCGCGACUGGCUGUCGAGCAACACCAAGCGCUGCCCCAAGUGCAAGGCGCACAUCCAGAAGAGCGGCGGGUGCAACCACCUGACCUGCCGCCAGUGCGGGCACCACUUCUGCUGGGCCUGCGGCCGCGACUGGGCGCACCACUCAACUGAGACCGGCGGCUUCUAUCACUGCUCCCUGGCAGCCGCCGGCGGCGGCACAGACGGCCUGCCAGAGUACAGCGGCAACGCGGGCAGCGCGGGCGGCGGGCUGGCGGGGCCGCUGGCGUGGGUGGCGGGUGCGUGGGCGUCGCUGCGCCUGGCGGCGCAGCAGCACCAGCUGCAGCGCCACCUGCGCCAGUUCCUGCGCCACGCGGGCGGCGGCGGCGCGCUGCGCGGCGCGGCGGCCCACAUGCAGCUGCUGCUGGGCGGCGCCGGCAUGCUGGGGCAGGCGGGCGCUGGCGCCAAGGCAGCUCAGGCAGCCCCAGCCGGCCCCCAGCUGCUGGGCGUGAGCCCCUCAGAUGCCGGCCGCAUGAGCGGCGUGGAGUGGGGAGACCUGGUAGCGGCGGCGGCGGCCUCGGCGGCGGACGCCGUCCCGCCCGCGUCCCUCGCCCUGCCGGCCGCCAAGGCCGGGGCCGAGGCGGCGCUGGCAGCAGCGGUCGCCGGCCCUGCACGCGUGACUGCCGCCGCCAGCAGUACCACCAACAGUACCAACAGCAGUACCACCGCCACGAGCAGUUAUACCGCCACCACCGCCACCAGCGGCGGUUCAGGCAGCGAGGCCGCCUACCUGCUGCAGCUGGCAGAGGCGGUGGCGGCGGCCCGCUCCCUGCUGCAGCACUCGGCCGUGGCGAUGUACCAGCUGCCCUCGGGGCCCCCCCGCCGCCACCUGCAGCACCUGGCCGCCAGCCUGCAGCGGCGGCUGGAGCAGCUGGAGCCGCUGCUGCUGGCGCUGCCGGAGAGGGAGGGCAUCCCGGCGCUGGACCACAGGCGGGACGAGCAGCACGGCACGGAGCAUGGCGGUACCGGCGGUACCGGCAUUACCGGCGGCGGCGGCGGGCUCACCGGCUGGCUGCUGUCCCGCCUGUACGGCGUGGAGCCUCCCGCCGCCACGGCGCCGCCGCCCGGCGCCCCCGAGCGCCACCCCGCCCUGGCGGCCCUGCCCGGCGACGUGCUCCUGCAGCAGCUGCACUUUGCGGCGGCGGUGCACCAGCAGCGGGCGGCGGUGCGGGCUGGCGUGGCCGCGCUGCAUCGCGACAUGCGCCAGAUGGUGGCCGCCGCGCGCGCGGGCCUGUACGCCUGA